AUGCGCACUGCUUCACAAUCCAUCACUGAUGGUGUCCCUACGUUUCAGGAAUUGCCUCUUGAAGAUGUGAUAGGCAAGGUCGAGCUGAACAAACGGAGCAGAGGCUUGCGCCGAGCAUCGAGAGAGCUUCGAAAAGCAUACGCAGGGCGAACCCUCAAAGAUUUGGAUUCUGAUCUUGAACAGCUCCAGCCCUUCUUCCUUGGCAAGACUAAGCUCGUGAAUGAUGAGGCGUCGAGAAAAAUUCUAGUGGACCUCGGUAUUGUCCCUUGCCAAACCAGCGCGUCAAAACGGAGCACUGCAGCAGAAGCCGCCACGAAGAUUAAAAGGUCGACAAUUCGGAAGCACGUCACACGCCUACGGAACGCCGCAGGCGGAACCAGCACUGAGGAUAAUAGUCCGAUGAUUGCGAAGGUCGCUACUUUGGGUCAUGGCAAAAUUGCAGUCUUGGACCAGGAUCUCAUGCAAGUAGCGACGGUUGAGAAUUAUCCAUUGGUACCGUUGCCAAUAGAAAGACCCAAGGUGCCUACGUUGAGCCAUGAUUUGUCGCGCGUUCUUUUCAACCCGGGCGUCUAUCAAUUGCAGGAUCCACGAUCCAGAGUAUGGAAUUUUGAUCCCUACCUGGGCAAUAUUAUGCCCGUUUCCGAGUUCAAUUAUGAUGCUUUGAAUAAAUAUGUCACCUCGUCCGAAGAUUCUCAUCUCCGAGAUGUGGCAUUAAAGCAUCAGAAGCGCUAUAUCGGCUCGACUUCAAGCAUGUCUGGAAUUUUAUCACACUUCCACUUUCUUCUUUCCGCUUGGCGUGAGCUGAACAUGGAUCAUCUGACACGGGGUUUCAAGGACGAGGGAAAGACAUUCACGAGGCUUCAGAGAGGGCCAACAGCAAUCUUCCUUCGAUAUCAAGACGGUGUGUAUGCUGUUGACGCAGACAAGGAGUUUGACUCGGCGAAUAUCCUGAUGAGCUUGGGCCGAUCCAUGGAGAAGCUGUUGACCGUGGAAAAGGAUGAAUUCGAACGAUAUCGAAGGACACACGAUGCUACCCAAGAUGCGAACAUCCAGUCAAAGAAACCGGAGGCAUAUCACUACAGUGGGCUCGGUUCAUUCUUACUUCGCGCUCAACUUGAUGCGCAAGACCCUCGACUUCCGGGCACCGGCAUGUUCGAUCUCAAGACUCGGGCGGUGGCGGCGGUUCGUAUGAUGAUUAUGAACCACGAAGUCGGUGCCGGCUAUCAAAUCAAAGAGAGAUUUGGCACCUGGGAGUCGUAUGAACGAGAGUACCAUGACAUGAUGCGGUCGGCUUUUCUCAAGUAUUCGCUUCAAGUUCGAAUGGGUCGAAUGGACGGUAUAUUCGUGGCCUAUCAUAACACGGAGCGCCUCUUUGGCUUCCAAUACGUGCCUCUUUCGGAACUGGACUUCGCGUUGCACGGUCAAACAGACAGGACUUUAGGAGACCGAGAAUUUCAAUUGAGCUUCAAACUUUUGAACGAGGUUUUCGACGCAGCAACAGCCAAGUUUCCAAAUCGGUCUUUGCGAUUCCACUUCGAGGCGAGAGCCGCCACAGCUGCCUCGCCGCCUCAUAUGUAUAUUUUUGCUGAACCAGUAUCAGAGGAAGAAAUACUGGAAGUUCAGACUUCCAAACAGAAAGAAAUUGAAGCCUACGAGCAGCGAAUCUUCCAUCCGCACCGAUCUCCUGCUUCCGAAAACGCUGGAGAGGACGAUGCGAUGACGGAGGAAGAGCAGAUUCUGGCAGAGUCUGCACUUGAUCCUGAAAAGUCUACAGACCUAGGCAGAGCGACAUCACCCUCUGCACACAUGUCAACUCGGAGUGACGCAGACGUUGGUCCCGUUCGUGAGUCAAAUGCUGCAGAUGUUGCAUUCUUGGAAAGCCUAAUGGGCGUGGAUAUGCGUACCUCUGACAAGGUUAACCCCACCGAAGAGCCUGAUUCUCAGUCCUUGCAAAAGCGAGAACCAGUCCAGGAGAAAGAAAUAUUGGCUUGGAAGUUGAAUGUCCGCAAUCUGGUGAAUGAGCUUCCAAUCAUCCGGCCACAGAACCUGACGGCAAAUGACACGUGGAAGGUUGAGUACACUCUGACGCCUCUGCCGGAAGCAUCAGGGCGUCGGAAUUAUACCCUAUGCAAGGCUCGACGCAAAGCUAACUUGGAAGAGCCUCAAGAGCAAGAUGAGGCAGUUGGGUAUUACAUCAAGCGGCUGGUUUCGAUGAGUAAGGACGGAGCUCAAUGGCGCAAAAAGUGGGAUGAACUGGAUGCUCAGAACGAGCGAAUUGUCCUUUACGGAGAUGGAGGAGCGUAG